AUGAGACUGGUUCUUCCCAACCCUGGGCUUGAAGAGAGGAUCCCCUCCCACGAGGACCUGGAGAGAAUGGAGAAGGAGGAGGCUGGAGACAGACCCAAAUGGGACAACAAAGCGCAGUAUAUGCUCACCUGUGUGGGCUUCUGUGUGGGACUUGGCAAUGUCUGGAGGUUCCCUUACCUGUGUCAAAGCCAUGGAGGGGGUGCUUUUAUGAUCCCCUUUCUUAUCCUGCUCGUCUUGGAGGGUAUCCCACUGUUGUACCUGGAGUUUGCCAUCGGCCAACGCCUCAGAAAAGGCAGUGUAGGGGUUUGGGCUGCAAUCAACCCUUACUUGACUGGAGUCGGUAUUGCAUCCAUGACUGUCUCAUUCUUGGUGGGCAUUUACUACAACACCAUCGUUGCCUGGGUGAUGUGGUACUUUUUCAACUCUUUUCAAAGCCCCCUGCCAUGGAGCCAGUGUCCUCUCAAUGAUAAUCUCACAGACGUAGUGUCAGAAUGCAAACGCAGCUCUCCAGUGGACUACUUCUGGUACAGAGAGACUCUGAACACCUCAGAGACUAUAGAAGAGGCUGGAGGUCUGCAAUGGUGGAUUGUGCUUUGUUUGGUGACUGCUUGGAGUGUGCUCUACAUAUGCUGCAUUAGAGGGAUUGAGACCACAGGCAAGGCUGUCUACAUCACAUCCACUCUGCCAUACAUAGUCCUCACUAUCUUCCUCAUCAGAGGACUGACUCUGAAAGGCUCUGUAGAAGGAAUCAAGUACCUCUUCACACCAGAUCUGGAUGAGUUGGUGAACCCAUCAACGUGGUUGGAUGCAGGAGCCCAGGUGUUCUACUCCUUUUCCCUGGCCUUUGGAGGUCUUAUCUCAUUCUCCAGCUACAACCCUGUUCAUAAUAAUUGUGAGCAAGAUGCUGUUAUCAUCGCCAUUAUUAAUGGAUGUACUUCUGUCUAUUCUGCCACUGUUAUCUACUCCAUCAUCGGCUUCCGGGCAACAGAGCAGUUUGAUGCCUGCCUGAAUGAAAACAUCAUGAUGCUGCUAAAUGCAUUUGAUCUAACUGAGGGGAACAUCACAGAGAGCAACUAUGAUGAAGCGCUGCAAAACCUCAACAGUACGGUGGCAGGGCCCGAGAUCAUUCAGGGGCUGGGCCUCAGCACCUGCAACCUGAGGACUUUUCUGAGUGAUGGAGUGGAGGGAACAGGUCUGGCCUUUAUUGUGUUCACAGAGGCCAUCACAAAGAUGCCCAUUUCUCCCCUCUGGUCUGUCCUAUUUUUCAUCAUGCUCUUCUGUCUCGGGCUUUCCACCAUGUUUGGAAGUAUAGAGGGAGUUGUGGUUCCUCUGCAGGACCUAAACAUCUUUCCUAAGAAGUGUCCUAAAGAAGUGCUCACAGGAAUUGUAUGCCUCUCAUCCUUUGUGAUCGCGCUCAUCUUUGCUCUGCGGUCGGGUAAUUACUGGUUAGCACUCUUUGACAGCUAUGCUGGCUCCAUCCCUCUACUCAUUAUCGCCUUCUGUGAGAUGACCGCUGUAGCCUACAUAUAUGGAAUGGAUAGGUUUAACAAAGAUAUUGAAUUCAUGAUUGGACACAAACCCAACAUCUUCUGGCAGGCCAUGUGGAGAGUGGUCAGCCCUUUGAUUGUCUUGGUCAUUUUUGUGUUUUACUUUGCCACCAAAGUCAGCACCAAACUUACAUACAUCACCUGGAAUCCAAGCUCGGCAAACUUUCCAGUGUUGGAGACACUAAUCUAUCCCGCCUGGAUCAACAUUAUUAUCUUCAUUCUGGCGGGAGUUUCCAGUCUUUUGAUCCCCGGAUUUGCUUUGUAUAAAUUAUUCCAAAGAUGCUGCUGCAGCAAAACAAUAAAUGACAAGUGA